GUGGAGGGAAACAGACAUGGCACCGGGGAUGGAGCGGUUCCUCAGCCCGGGGAAAGGCAACGGUCUGCGGGCGACAGGCGGGAUCAGGCCGGGAGAGCUGCUGUUCUCCGCGGAGCCGCUGGCGACCUGCGUGUCCAACAAACGCUCCAGAGAUGUCUGCCACCGCUGCUACACACGAUGUGAGACCUUGCUGAGGUGUUCCCAGUGUAAGACCGCUCGCUACUGCAAUAUCACUUGCCAGAAACAGGCCUGGUCGGACCAUAAGAGAGAGUGUAAAUGUCUGCGGAGCCUGUUACCCCGAGUUCCCACUGACUCAGUCCGUCUGGCUGCGAGACUCAUCUUUGCGUUGUUGAGUCCAUCUAAGGGCAGUAGUGAGGAGCUGUACACUUUAGAGGAGCAUGAAUCACACCUCAGUUCCAUGUCUGAGCAGAAGAAACAGGGUCUGUCUCAGCUGGCUUCUAUGUUAGAGUUGUACCUACAACAAGAAGCAGCUGACCUGGCACAGGAAAUAACAUCAGCACUGCCACCAUCCUGCAGAGAACCCCUCAGCCUCAUUGCAAAGGUGACAUGUAAUUGUUUCGCCCUCAGUGACGGAGAGCUGCAAGAGAUUGGAGUUGGGCUGUAUCCGAGUCUGUCUCUGUUAAACCAUGACUGCAGGCCAAACUGUGUGAUGGUGUUUGAGGGGACAAAGCUGCAGCUCAGAGCUGUUCGAGACAUCAAACCUGAGGAGGAGCUCACUAUUAGUUACAUGGAGACGUUGUCCCUGACUGAGGAGCGACAGAGACAGCUGGAGGACCAGUACCAUUUUACCUGCCACUGCCAGCGAUGCCACUCUCACGACAAAGAUGGACUCAUGCUGUCUGGUGACGAAGCAACAUGGCGCCUGCUGAAGGAGGCUCUGCCCAGACUGGAAGAACACCAAGCAAAGUCAGAUUGGGAAGCGCUACUACAAAGCUGCAGUGAUUUGUUGUCAACUGUUGGUGGCGCUGUGCCUGAUGAAAACCUCUACAAGCUUAGAAUGACGGACAUGGCUUUGGAUGCCUCCAUUCACCUGGGUCGGUGGAAGGAAGCUGUGAUAUAUGGAGAGAAGACAAUUCCAGUUUACAGACAAUAUUACCCUGAUCCCCACCCAGUCCACGGAGUCCAGCUGAUGAGAGUUGGAAAGCUGCAACAUUACCUGGGACACAUCGAGGAAGCUUUAAACACAUUCAAGCAGGCCUAUCAAAUCUUAAAGGUCACCCACAGUGAUGAUCACCCCUUGUCCAAGGAUCUGUUGAUGAAAAUGGAAGAAUGUCGCUGUGAGAUGGACCAGCAGUGAUCCUGCUGCCAUUAACACACCAGUACAACUGUGACUUGACGUCUUUACAUGUUACUCCAAGUCUUGAUUUUACACGUUAGUUCAUGAGUGCAUUCCUAUCAUCUGAUUUUUGAUUAAUAAAAAAACUUUUUUUCAAUUAA